AUGAGGGGUCGGUUGAGAGACGUCGCUAUUUUCAAGACAAGUUGUAUCGGUGGAAAUCAAACACAAUGCAAGAAGCGAAUCGACCUUGGAUUUCUAUUGGACAGUUCUGGCAGUAUCGGGCUGACUAAUUUUGAUAAAACAAAAGCUUUUGUAAAAGACCUUAUUGCCUAUUUCAAGAUUUCGCAAAAUAACACAAGAAUAUCCGUGAUAUCAUAUGCGUCAACGUCAAUAUUGCAUUUCUUCUUUUCUCAAAAAUUUCUAUCGCCACAAGAUCUUUAUACAGCAAUUGAUAACAUUUCGUACAGUGGUGGAGGAACUAACACCCACGAGGGGUUGAUGCUAGCCUAUAAAGAUAUGUUUAAUGGCAAGAAUGACGUCCAGUCUCCAGAAACAAAGAAAAUUUUGAUUGUUUUUACGGAUGGCCAAAUUCAUGAAAGUUUUGAACAACCUUCGCAAGAACUAAAAAACAUUGGUGUCGUAAUAUAUUCAAUUGGAAUUGGAUCUGGAAUCGAUGUCUCGGAGCUGGAAACAAUGGCUUCUCCCGCUUCAAAAGAUCACGUGUUCCUUUUGCGAAACUUUUACGAAUUAUCUGCUUUGGAACAAAAUAUAUCUUAUUCGGCUUGCAAUGAUGAUUAUGAAUGUUACCGCUGCGGUAUUCAUGCAUCGUGUCUCAAAACCAAUGGCUCGCUUCACUGCAUAUGUAACGUUGGUUUUGUUGGAGAUGGAUAUUCAUGCACAGAUGUAAAUGAAUGUCAAAAUGGAACUAACGUUUGCAAUCGUAAUGCGUCGUGCAACAAUACAAUUGGCUCUUUUAACUGUCUUUGCAACACCGGCUAUAUCGGUGAUGGAAUAACAUGUAGAAACGUUACAAUCUGCACGAAAAAGAUCGACCUUGGAUUUUUAAUGGACAGUUCUGGCAGCAUUCGACGAAUAACGAGAAUUUUAAUAGUUUUGACUGAUGGCAAAAGCACUGGAAAUGUUCAUUAUCCUUCUCAACAACUCAAAAACAUGGGUGUCGUAAUAUUCUCAAUCGGAGUUGGUUCAGGAAUCGAUAUUUUAGAGCUCGAAACAAUGGCUUCCUCUCCUGCAAAAGACCGUGUGUUCCUAAUCCACAAUUUCAAUGAGUUCGCUGAUUUGGCUCACAAUAUGUCAUUUGAUACUUGCAAUGGCAACACCACAAACAUCACGCGAGGUUUAUGUGGAAAUACUUCACUUCAUACUCCUGGCAGACUCACAAGUCCUUUAUAUCCUUACUAUUACGCCAGAGACACGGAUUAUUCAUGUGGAAAUACUUAUCUGCAUACUCCUGGCAGACUCACAAGUCCUCGUUAUCCCUACGUUUAUCCAAAAAACACGAACUGUUCUUGGGUUAUUUCUAGUGCCAAUGCAAAAAAUGUUUGGCUGCAAUUUUUACUCUUCUGGAUAGAAGACAGUUCAAGAUGUCAACAUGAUUAUUUGGACAUUUAUGAUGGCAAUUCUGUGUAUGCGAAAAAACUGGGGAGGUUCUGUGGGAAGCACAUACCAAAACCUCUGGUUUCAUCUGGUUCAAUGAUCUUCAUCGUAUUUUAUACCGAUUAUAGCAUUCAGAAACAAGGGUUUGUUCUCAACCACAGGGACACAAAUGAUACCAAUAAUUGUACUGGAGCUUCAUGUGGUCCCUAUGCAAACUGCGCACAUAUUAAUGGUUCGUACAUUUGUGUUUGUAAACCAGGAUAUAAAGGAAACGGAACAAACUGUACAGGUAUUACAGCCACCUAG